AUGGAGGUCUGGGAGAGGACAGCUUCCCCCCAGCCCCACUCUUCUCCAGGUCUGGGAGAGGACAGCUUCCCCCCAGCCCCUCUCUUCUCUUCUCCAGGUCUGGGAGAAGACAGCUUCACCCCAGCCCCUCUCUUCUCUUCUCCAGGUCUGGGAGAUGACAGCUUCCCCCCAGCCCCUCUCUUCUCUUCUCCAGGUCUGGGAGAUGACAGCUUCACCCCAGCCCCUCUCUUCUCUUCUCCAGGUCUGGGAGAAGACAGCUUCACCCCAGCCCCUCUCUUCUCCAGGUCUGGGAGAGGACAGCUUCCCCCCAGCCCCUCUCUUCUCCAGGUCUGGGAGAUGACAGCUUCCCCCCAGCCCCUCUCUUCUCCAGGUCUGGGAGAGGACAGCUUCCCCCCAGCCCCUCUCUUCUCUUCUCCAGGUCUGGGAGAAGACAGCUUCCCCCAGCCCCCUCUCUUCUCUUCUCCAGGUCUGGGAGAUUACAGCUUCCCCCCAGCCCCUCUCUUCUCUUCUCCAGGUCUGGGAGAAGACAGCUUCACCCCAGCCCCUCUCUUCUCCAGGUCUGGGAGAGGACAGCUUCCCCCCAGCCCCUCUCUUCUCCAGGUCUGGGAGAUGACAGCUUCCCCCCAGCCCCUCUCUUCUCCAGGUCUGGGAGAUGACAGCUUCCCCCAGCCCCUCUCUUCUCCAGGUCUGGGAGAGGACAGCUUCCCCCAGCCCCUCUCUUCUCUUCUCCAGGUCUGGGGAGAAGACAGCUUCCCCCAGCCCCUCUCUUCUCCAGGUCUGGGAGAUGACAGCUUCCCCCAGCCCCUCUCUUCUCCAGGUCUGGGAGAGGACAGCUUCCCCCCAGCCCCUCUCUUCUCUUCUCCAGGUCUGGGAGAUGACAGCUUCCCCCAGCCCCUCUCUUCUCCAGGUCUGGGGAGAGGACAGCUUCCCCCAGCCCCCUCUCUUCUCUUCUCCAGGUCUGGGAGAAGACAGCUUCCCCCCAGCCCCUCUCUUCUCCAGGUCUGGGAGAUGACAGCUUCCCCCCAGCCCCUCUCUUCUCCAGGUCUGGGAGAGGACAGCUUCCCCCCAGCCCCUCUCUUCUCUUCUCCAGGUCUGGGAGAAGACAGCUUCCCCCCAGCCCCUCUCUUCUCUUCUCCAGGUCUGGGAGAUGACAGCUUCCCCCCAGCCCCUCUCUUCUCCAAGUCUGGGAGAAGACAGCUUCCCCCCAGCGACCACAGCGAUCUGAAGCGUUUUAGCAGCAGCCUGUCUGAGGGGCACUAG